GGUCGAGAGCCGCGGCGUGUCCGUCCCCCCGCGGCUGGGCACACAACCCGUGCGCGAACGCCUGCCCGGGCCCUCGGGGGCAGCGCUGGGCCGAGGCGACCCGCUGCCCUCGCUGUGGCUGCGGUGGCUACAGAUGCGUGUGGAGGUGAGUGGCAGGUAUUGAUAUGGACAGUCUUUCCUCAGGCCCUUCUCUGCAGUUGCUUGCCAAGCUGCUUCAUGAUACUCAAGAAGAUGAUGAUGAUGAUGAACAUGUGCCUCACUGUUCAGUUAAUGCCAUGACUCCUGGGACUAUUGGACCAGGAAAGAGAGAGACCACUGAUACUUUCCAAGUGAAACCUGGAAAUGACAAAGCUAUUUGGAAUACAGAGGAAGUCCCAGAAGGAUCUGAAUUUGAGGAUUCCUGGGACCCUAGAGAACAACCAGAGCAAACAAGAAAUGUCAAGCAGCACGUGGUGAAAAGGAGACAAUGGUGAUGGAAAACGUCCGAGGGGAGAAGCAGCCCCCGACCUCUGAGAGGAAAAGGAGAUACUGGAGAGUGAGAGAUGCAAAGCAAGGAAUAGCAAAGUGUGCUGAUAAAGUCAGCCAGCUCUCUGGGGAAAAGGAACGCUGCAGCAGCUCUACGAAACAGAGACGCCUGGAUUGUGAGAUGGCCCUUGGAGAUUCCCAAAUGGUGGGGAUCCCCAAGAAACCUGUCCCUGGAGAUGCCCACCAACGCUCCCCCAGCCAUGACCCUGCGUCCUGGGAGUUUCAGCUCCUGGCCUGCCCUGAGGUGAGGGCAUUAGACGAAGGUGUCCUGCAGCUGGCACCGAGGUACCUGCGGAGCGAGUGCAGCCAGAUGCAGUGGCUGAUGCUCAAUGCCCUCAUCACCACCUGCGACGAGCCCUCGAAGGCCAAAAGCAUGUGGAUCCUGCAGGAAAGCCUCCUGGAGCUACUGCAGGACCUAGAUGACGAGGUGGUCGAAAUGAACCUCUCCUUGCUCAAAAUGAUGCUCCAGGCUGCCAACAGCCCAGUUUGCAGCACCCUCGUUCUGGAGCUGACUGGGAAGCUCCAGCCACUCUUUCACCACACCACCAGCAGUGUGCAGCUGCUCUCCCUUGAGCUCUUCCAACGUCUGAUGCAGUCUGUCAACAAAAAGGAAAGACAGCCGAUGAAGACACGGGUGUAUGAGAACGUGAUCGAACUGCUCUGCCUCCUGCAUGCCGAGAGCCCGGAGGUGGCAGAGGCCUCUCGGGUAACCCUGCUUGGAGCUGCCGCCUUCCUGAAGAAGAGGAGGCUCAGAAAGCUCCUGGAGAAGAGGAAGACAUUGGAAGUGGGCAAGUACCUGCUGUCAGGGUGCGGCAGCAGAGCCGCGCACUAUGUGCAGCAGGCAGCGCGGUGCCUUUGGAGCCAUCAGCAGCCCAUACGAGAGGCGGCCGUCAGGUUCCUGGGGCUCGCCGGGCAGCACCUGAGGGGGCAUCAGGAAUUGCUGCAGCCCAUCCAUGAGGCCCUUGAAAACCUGCCAGAAGACACCAUCUCGUCAGUAGCAAACCUGGCAGCUCAAACGCAGUGCACCCUGAGAGAUGCAGAGAGAGCAGCUCCCUCCAGACUCAGCCUGCGAGAGUGGCUCCGCAGGGCCUGGAGCAGACGGCCUUCUCUCUGGGCCCGUCGCUGACCGGGCAGCUGCAGCUCUGAGCGGGGCCCAUGCCAGGGGCUAUUCCAUGAGCUCCUCCCUGUGCUCCAUGGCAAACCUUGGACCUACCAGCAGUUUUCUUUUGCAUCGUUGCUCAGUAGUUUAGACACCGAGUUUAGCACUUGGGUUUCUUCCAGUUUGUGUACGUUUGAUUUUCUGGCUUUCUUCACCCUGUGAGAACCAUUUUCUACAGCUGGAAACUCUUUGUUACCCUUCGUGUCAACAAAACUGGAUUUGUUCCGUGUUGUUUGAGGGACGCAAAGUGCUUUGGUAAAAACAAUAAAGCUCCGUCAUC